AUGUCUGGAUCUGGUAAUAGGGAGCAAGUUUUCCCAACUCGAAUGACAUUGGGUGUCAUGAAGGGGAAAUUGAAAGGAGCUCAACAAGGACAUUCAUUAUUAAAGAGAAAGUCAGAAGCAUUGACUAAAAGAUUUAGAGAUAUCACUCAGAAGAUUGAUGAUUCUAAGAGGAAAAUGGGUAGAGUUAUGCAAACAGCAGCAUUUUCUUUGGCUGAGGUGCAAUAUGCCACUGGUGAUAAUAUUUCUUAUCAAGUUCAAGAAUCCGUCCAGAAUGCUAGGAUUCAAGUAAGAUCAAAGCAGGAAAAUGUCUCUGGUGUUUACUUGCCAUCUUUUUCAAGUCAUAUAAAUGAAGAUAUCAAUGAUUUCAAGUUGACUGGCUUGGGAAGAGGUGGCCAGCAGGUACAAAGAGCUAAACAAGUCUAUACGAAGGUUGUGGAAGCUCUUAUCGAAUUGGCUUCAUUGCAGACUGCUUUUAUCAUUUUAGAUGAAGUUAUCAAAGUCACUAAUAGAAGAGUCAAUGCUAUAGAACAUGUUAUCAUACCAAGAACGGAAAACACGAUAUCGUAUAUCAAUUCUGAAUUGGAUGAACUCGAUAGGGAGGAGUUCUAUAGAUUGAAGAAGGUGCAAGAGAAGAAGCAAGAAGCUGCUGCUGCCGCAGAAGUUGAAGAGAAGGCUGCACGAAGCGCAUUAUCUGCAGCAGAAGGUGAAGAAGACGAUGACGAAGAAGAAGGCGAUGAUGUACUUAAGCAGGAAGAAGACGAUGUCAUUUUCUAG